AUGAGCGGGUUUAACUUUGGAGGCACGGGGGCCCCCACAGGCGGGUUCACGUUUGGCAGCACGAAGACGGCCACCACCACUCCUGCCACUGGGUUUUCUUUCUCCACCCCUGGCACCGGAGGGUUUAAUUUUGGGGCGCCCUCCCAGCCAGUCACCAGCACGCCCUCGACCAGCCUCUUCACACUCACCACCCCAGCGCCCGCCAGUCAGACGCCAGGGUUCAGUUUGGGAGGAGCAACCCCUGCUUCUGGAGGGGCGGGGUUCUCCUUGGGCAUAAACACCCCAAAGUUAAACCUGGGCAACCCCGCAGCCCCCCAGGCCACAGUGAACCCCAGCGCCUUUGGGCUGGGCACCAGCACGCUCACCAGUGCCGUACCCAGUGCUGUCACAUCAAGCCAGGCAGUGGCACCUGGGGGUUUUGUGUUUGGCUCCUCGACCACAUCCACCCCAGCGCCUACCACCUCUGGAGGGUUCUCACUCACUGGUGGGAGCACAGCUCAGGCCAGUACCUCCAGCUUCAACGUGGGCUCAGUGGGGAGUUUGGCGCAGCCCACAGCCCUGGCCGGGUUACCGUUUGCUUCAGCCACGCCAGCGGCCCCUGCAGCUGGAGCCACCCAGCCAGCCGCUCCUGCACCCACAGCCGCCUCCACCAGCACUGGGCCCUCGCUGUUCGCCUCCAUCGCCACUGCUCCAGCCUCAUCCGCCGCCCCCAGCCUCUCCCUCUGCCCCCCAGCAACCUCAGCCGCAGCCCCUGGUGCUGGGACCCUGGGCUUCAGUUUAAAGCCCCCUGGAACCGCUUCCAGCACGUCUGCUGUGACAUCCACCACGGCUGCCACCACCACCACCGCCUUUGCCUUGAAUCUGAAGCCACUGGCUCCGGCCGGGCUCCCCAGUAAUGUACCCACCACCGGGCCUGGUCUGUCCGGCCCCAGCGCAGCCACAGGGGCCCCCGGCAGCCCCGCGCUGACCUACGCCCAGCUGGAGAGCUUGAUCAACAAGUGGAGCCUGGAGCUGGAGGACCAGGAGCGGCACUUCCUGCAGCAGGCCACGCAAGUCAACGCCUGGGACCGCACGCUGAUCGAGAACGGUGAGAAGAUCACCUCCCUGCACCGCGAGGUGGAGAAGGUGAAGCUGGACCAGAAGCGGCUGGACCAGGAGCUCGACUUCAUCCUGUCGCAGCAGAAGGAGCUGGAGGACCUGCUGAGCCCCCUGGAGGAGGCCGCCAAGGAGCAGAGCGGCACCAUCUACCUGCAGCACGCCGACGAGGAGCGGGAGAAGACCUACAAGCUGGCCGAGAACAUCGACGCGCAGCUCAAGCGCAUGGCCCAGGACCUCAAGGACAUCAUCGAGCACCUGAACACGGCCGGGGGCCCCGCCGACUCCAGCGACCCGCUGCAGCAGAUCUGCAAGAUCCUCAACGCACACAUGGACUCGCUGCAGUGGGUCGACCAGAACUCGGCCCUGCUGCAGCGGCGGGUGGAGGAGGCCAGCAAGGUGUGCGAAGGCCGCCGCAAGGAGCAGGAGCGCAGCUUCCGCAUCACCUUCGACUGA